AUGCAGCUGCAAAUGCCAGGUCGGGCGGCCUCGCCCCUCAAGCAAAUGGAGGUGAACCCGGUCACCUAUGGCUCAAGAUGGAACCCUUUCCCUCCCGCCAACAGUGGCUUCUGUGAUGCAAGGCCCACGGUGGUACAGAAAGUCCUCGAGGGGUUGACCAAGUUCAAUAGCUUGAGCAAGGCAGAGUUCUACCUCUUCGUGUGCCGUUUUGAAGCGGGACUUCACGAAACCUAUGAGUUUGAGUUCAACUUACUGGACACUUGUCAUAGGGGCAGCAUCGACGUCUUGCAGCUUGAACAGCUGCUGCGACGGAUUGGGCAGCCGGUGCGAAGGUUCGUUCUGAAGGAAUUGGUACAAGAGGUGGAUGAUGAUAACGAGGGGAGAGUAGACCUGAGUGGCUUUCGCAAGAUUCAACACCUCAUCCGCAAGCGGGAAGGCUUCACCUGCUACGAGCUGGACCAUUUCUACCGCGUCUUCCAACGCUUCGACCGCGACAACAGCGACUCCAUGAGCUGCUCGGAGUUCGCCAACGCCUUGACGUGGCUGGGCUUUCCCUAUGGCCCAGAGAAGCUGCAGGAGUUUCACCGCCAGAGCGACGUGGACGGUGAUGGCCAACUGGGCGAAGGCGAGUUCAUCGGCUGCCUGCGGCGUGUUUUAGAUGAAGAAAUGAAGCAAGUUGAGGGCUUCCUUAGUCGCGCCAGUCGCGGAGCUUUCGUCAGCGGCGAUCGAUUCAAAGCCUUUAUCCAUGGCCUGGGCUAUUCGUCCUCGCCACAGGCGAUCCUGGAUGCUCUGUCAAACACCAUGGCGCUGCCGGUGGAUGAUUCUGGGCAGGCUAGCUUGCAAGACAUGAAGUUACAGCUUGGCUUGGACGAUGUUUGCAAAGUGCUGGGCGCCCUGCGAGCCUGCGAUGGCUUCACCCAAAAAGAGCUGCGGGAACUCAAGCAAUCCUUCACCUUCUGCAAUCCAGAAAAGCAGGACCAGGUGCAAGCACCGGCCAUCAACCGCGCCCUGCGGUGGCUGGGCCAUCGCCUCUCGCUGCAGCAGACCCUGCGGCUCAUCGCUGAGGUGGAUGCGGAUGGUGGGAGCUCAUUGGACUUCACCAUGUUUGUGAAGGUGGUACGGAAAUGCAAUGAGAAGGAUCAAGCCAAAACCGUGGAGGUCUUCCAAGACUUUGAUACGCAGCGGGAGGGGGUGCUGGACUGCGACCAGCAGAACCAAGCCCUAAUGCUGCUGAACUGCGUAGAUGCUAUGGGACGGCUGCCCUACCGCAGCGCCAGCGAGAUGGAGGGUGCCGACCUGCGAGUCUUUCUGGGCAUCGUGGAACGCUUCAAAAAAUCCUGCCUCAUCACCUUCCGGCAAAACCAGGGCUUCGCUUUCCACGAAGUGGAGGAGCUGCAGCAACUCUUCCGGCGCUUCGACCGGGACCAGGAUUGGAGGAUUUGGAAACCAGAACUGGUGCAGGUCAUUGAAGUCUUGUUCCCCCAAGAGGCGCGUUGUCGAGAAUUUCGGCCCUUUCUGGUGCAAAUCCUCCAAUCCGACGAGGAGCUUUCACUUGGCUUUAGCGAAUUCUUGGUGAUCAUGCGAAAGAUCGUGGAUCAGCAAGAGCAGAUCGAGUUCGUGCGACAGCGCCUGGCCAUCGAGCGCUUGGGCUUCUCGCCAUCCGAGGCGAACCAGUUCCGCGAGCUCUUCAUCUUGGCGGACAAGGAGAACACACAGCGAUUAACCUUGGACCAGAUCCGCCAGAUGCUCUGCAAGAGCUUUCCGCUCAACGAUACCCACAUGGAUCAGUUGCGGACGAUCUUCCACCACGCGAUUUUCGGCACGGGGCACCAUUCUUUGCCACCGACGGCGGGCUUCAUCGAAUUUUUGCAAAUCAUGAGUGAAGUGGUUCAGAUGGACUGGUGUUCCAAACUCUGA